GAACAUCGUGCUGGCAUCCCAUCUGAAGCCCCUAGAGAAAAAGGACAAGAUGGGUGAGAGGAGGAACGUGCUGUGGAAUCCCUGUGCAGCCCACGCCAAGGCCCCGCAAGCCAGUGACAUGGAAAUACCCCAGGAACUGGAUCAACUGCCUGGAACCUCUGCCGAAUUUUACAGAGAUUGGCGCAGAUGCUUAAAAAGCGGAAAAGAAAAAUACCAGCUUUUGCUUGAACUCGGAGGGAAGGCCUUGGGCAGAAUCUUUCAGGCUGACGUGGGCUUUGGCCUCCUGGGUGAAUUCCUUACGGUGCUGGCAGAGAACGCCUGUCAUGAAGACAGAGAUGCCAUCCUUCAGAUCUUACAGAGCCUUUCGGGCACCAAGCGCUUCGGGUUAAACGUGGAUCUUCUGAGCGAGUUGGAGAAGGAGAGCAGCAGGGAUUUGUUUAGGAAGCUGAGGAGCAUGAGCAGGGAUUACUGGACCACUGGCCAUCCCAGUGGCCUAGCCAGCUGCAAAGCAGAGAGGGAAGCCCCCAUCAUGAACACCAGCCUGCAAAAGGAAGUCGAGGAGGAAAGGAUAGUGAUGGAGCUGAUGAAAUGUUACCAGGUCAACUGA